CCACCCUCUGCCCCGACUGUCCUGGAGGGGCCCCAAGAUGCAGCCCUGGCUUUGGCUCGUCCUGGCAGCUCUGAGAGGCAUCCUUGCCUUCCAGGAAGCCCCUGCACUGGUGCAGGUUCUGAGCCACCAAAUAGGCUCUCUGCCCUGCCAGAUGAAAUCCUUCCCGAGCAAUGCGCGUCUCUACUGGCUGAGAUUACACCAGGCCCCCAGCAAUGGCAGCUACUAUGAUGUCCUGGCCUACUGGGACUCUGGAAAAAAAACGACGAUAUACAACGCAGGGGUGACAAAAGAGAAGCUAACUUUGUUACAAGACAUGACCAAGUCCACUCUCAAUAUCACGAAUGUGACACCUGCAGACAGUGGCAUCUACUCGUGCAUGACCGUCGGGUCCCCUAAGCUGACCUUCGGGAAGAGCAUUCUACUGAAUGUUGUUGAUGUUCUUCCCACCACCGUCCAACCCACCAGGAAGACUACCAAGAAGAAAAUGUGCCGGUUCCCCAACCCAGUGACCCAGAAGGGCCCAGCUUGUAGCCUCAUCACCCUCAGCCUGCUGGUGGCCGGUAUCCUGGUUCUGCUGGUGUCCCUGGGUGUGAGCAUGCGCCUUUACUGCCUGCGAAGGAGAGCCCGGCUUCACUUCAUGAAACAGUUUCACAAAUAACCAGAGACUGUGCUCUUGGUAUCCGGCUAUGAAAAGACUGUGGUCAGUCAUGCACAAGAUCUGCGCAAAAGAGACAAAAGGGACACCUGCGGCAAUGCUGGUUCCCCUACCCUGCUCAAGCAUCCUGCAUUGAACUGCUGCUAGUUCUUUUUGUGGACCUCAAGCACAGGGCGACUUGUUGCUGAGCCACGGGGAGUCUUAGAAGGGGGCUUUAGGACACUCACAAGUGGGCUGGAGAACUAAGAACAGCUACCAUGGCAAUACUGCCAGUUCCUGUACUUGUCCUGGGUGGGUUGGGACCUUGAGUGGUAGCUGUCCAGCUACCAUCUUUGAAAGUUGCUUUGUCCUGAUUGACUCUUGGGUUACUUGUGGGAUGCAACUGGGACAACAGCCCUAGGACUUCCCAUCCACACAGCCAUGUGAGUCUCUCAGGUCUUCCUUUAGAGAGGGAAACCCAUGAGGAAAGAUAUGUCACUUUUUUCUCCCAGCAGGAAAUUUCCCAACCUCCAUUUCUUCCUUUCUUCUCCUCUGUGUUGCUAUGAAUGUGUCAGCUAUAAAAAUAAAA